UCUCUAUACCGACCACACUUUGUAAAGGAUUUCUCAUGUAAGUCAAGGAAAAUCUAUAGUAUAGUCUGACCUUUUAUCCGAUGGUACGGAACUGGAUGGCUCUUAGCUGAAAAAUCAUCACUCCAAUAAUUUCCUUCAUGUGCUGGGAUGGAAUCGGAAAAUAUAAAAGAUGCUAGUUUAAGUACUAGUGCUGGGCUUAAAGAUGCUGAAUGUGAUGUAUCUGGGGAUAAGCUAAGUUCUGAUAAUACAGCUAAUGGAGAUAUUGCUCCUACUGAUGGUGAAGAUAUUCCAGCUAAUAUAGAGAUACUAGAAAGUCAAGAAGAUGAAGAUACAAACAAUUCCGGGACAUGCAAGACAGGAGAACAGGUUGAUGGUGCCGUCAGUAAUAUUAAGUCUGUUAAUGUUGAUUCAAGUCCUAAACAGAAUGAGCAUGAUGAAUACAUGUACACGAAAAGGGACGAAUUUACAUCAGAAAUUUACAAGAUACAAAUCAAUAAUCUUCCAAAAAGAUUUGGUUUUGCUGAAUUGAAGAAAAAGUUUCUUCAGCUUGGCAUGUCACCAGUAAAGAUGAAAGUUUGGAAAGAAAUAUGUUUUGUUACUUUUAGAUGUGAGGAAGAGAGAAAAGAUGCAUUACAGAAGAUUAAUGGAUUGAAAUGGAGAAGUCAAAUUUUAACAGCUACAAUAGCUAAACCAGCUGCAGACCCUCUUAUGAGGAAGAGAAAACAAGAGGAGGCUGGCAGACUUCAAGGACGUGAUCAAGAGAAGAAAUCUAAGUUUUCAGACGACCAUCUUACACCAAGUGAAAAACUACAGAACUCUGUUACUCCUCUAUGGAAGAUGGAAUAUAAAGAUCAACUCAGAAAGAAAGAAGAAGAGAUGAGAGGAUUUUUCAAAAAGUUACAUCGUCAGCUGGAGAAGAAUUGUCCAGACAUUAAGCACUGGUUGAUUCAAAAUAAGAAGAAAUAUGGAGCAAUACCGUGUGAACUUUUGCCAAUUAUACCAUCGCCAGUGACUACAGGGUACAGGAACAAGUGUGAGUUUACCGUUGGACCGGGUCUAGAUGGACAGGACUGUGUCGGGUUUAGAUAUGGUACCUAUGCAAAGGGCUCUGUGUAUGUUGGCUCGCCUGAAGAAGUUAGUUUUCUACCUGAUACAAUGAAGGCUGUUGUUAAAAGUUUUCAGCAAUAUGUAAAGUCAUCAGUGUAUACAGCAUUUAAUCCGGAGAAUCACUCUGGUAACUACAGACAGUUAGCUGUUAGAACCAGCAGACUCGGACAUGUUAUGAUCAUGAUUGACUUCCAUCCACAAAAUCUAACUCCGGAAGAUAUAGAGAAGGAGAUGGCCAGUAUAAAAGCUUACUUCACAUCCGGGGAAGGACAGGACUGUACUGUUACAAGCUGUUUCUUCAGAUCACAUACUGAAAAAAUGACGGGUGCAGUGUCAGAUGCUCCAUACAAACUUGUGUUUGGUGAGGAGCACAUAACAGAAUCUUUACUUGGAAUGAAAUUCCAGAUUUCACCAAGUGCAUUUUUCCAAGUUAAUACAGCAGCAGCUGAAGUUUUGUAUACAACAGUUUCUGAUUGGUGUAAUGCGUCACAUGACACAACUGUACUUGACGUCUGCUGCGGAACUGGUACUAUAGGUCUUACAGUUGCCAAGAAAGUGACAAAAGUAAUUGGGAUAGAAAUGUGUACAGAAGCUGUAGAAGAUGCAAAAGUUAAUGCCAAGUUAAAUGAUAUAUCUAACAUAAAGUUUCAUUGUGCUAAGGCGGAGGAUGUAAUGAAGGAUAUAACAAAGUCUGUGAUUGGCUCCUCUAAUGUUGUUGCUAUUGUUGACCCACCCAGGGGAGGUCUUCAUUCAAGUGUAGUGGUUGCCAUUAGAAACUGUAGAAGUAUCAGCAGCCUAGUGUAUGUAUCGUGUAAUGUAAAUGGAGCACAGAACAAUAUCAUAGAUUUGGUGCGACCAACAUCAAAGAGACUUAAGGGACCGAGGUUUUAUCCUGUAAAGGCAGUACCAGUAGACUUAUUUCCCUACACAGAUCAUUGUGAACUUGUUAUCCUCUUUGAACGUGAACAUACAGACUCGGGAACAGAUACUGUAGUUUGAUCUGGUUAUUUUGUUGGCUGUUUGUUUAUGUUUAUAAUAAAGUCAUUUGAAGUCUU